AUGUCACAGGAGGAUGUAACAAGAGGAAUGUCACAGGAGGAAUGUCACAGAAGGAAUGUCACAGGAGGAAUGUCACAGAAGGAAUGUCACAGGAGGAAUGUCACAGGAGUAAUGUCACAGAAGGAAUGUCACAGGAGGAAUGUCACAGAAGGAAUGUCACAGAAGGAAUGUCACAGAAGGAAUGUCACAGAAGAAAUGUCACAGAAGGAAUGUCACAGAAGGAAUGUCACAGAAGGAAUGUCACAGGAGGGAUGUCACAGAAGGAAUGUCACAGGAGGAAUUUCACAACUCACACCUUCCAGUUCCCAACUCACACCUUCCCGUUCCCAACUCACACCUUCCAGUUCACAACUCACACCUUCCAGCUCACAACUCACACCUUCCAGCUCACAACUCACACCUUCCAGUUCCCAACUCACACCUUCCAGUUCCCAACUCACACCUUCCAGUUCCCAACUCACACCUUCCAGCUCACAACUCACACCUUCCAGUUCCCAACUCACACCUUCCAGUUCCCAACUCACACCUUCCAGUGCACAACUCACACCUUCCAGUUCCCAACUCACACCUUCCAGUUCCCAACUCACACCUUCCAGUUCCCAACUCACACCUUCCAGUUCCCAACUCACACCUUCCAGUUCCCAACUCACACCUUCCAGUUCCCAACUCACACCUUCCAGUUCACAGCUCACACCUUCCAGUUCCCAACUCACACCUUCCAGUUCCCAACUCACACCUUCCAGUUCCCAACUCACACCUUCCAGUUCACAACUCACACCUUCCAGUGCACAACUCACACCUUCCAGUUCCCAACUCACACCUUCCAGUUCACAACUCACACCUUCCAGUUCCCAACUCACACCUUCCAGUUCCCAACUCACACCUUCCAGUUCACAACUCACACCUUCCAGUUCACAGCUCACACCUUCCAGUUCCCAACUCACACCUUCCAGUUCCCAACUCACACCUUCCAGUUCCCACAACUCACACCUUCCAGUUCACAACUCACACUUCCAGUUCACAACUCACACCUUCCCAGUUCCCAAACUCACACCUUUCCAGUUCACAACUCACACCUUCCAGUUCACAACUCACACCUUCCAGUUCACAACUCACACCUUCCAGUUCCCAACUCACACCUUCCAGUUCCCAACUCACACCUUCCAGUGCCAAACUCACACUUUACAGUUCACAACUCACACUUUACAGUUCACAACUCCAACCUUCCAGUUCAACAAACUCACACCUUCCAGUCACAACUCACACCUCCAGUGCACAACUCACAAUUCCUCCAGUUCAAGCUACACCCUAUCGUCACAGCUCACACCUUCCAGUUCACAGCUCACACCUUCCAGUUCCCAACUCACACCUUCCAGUUCCCAACUCACACCUUCCAGUGCACAACUCACACCUUCCAGUUCACAGCUCACACCUUCCAGUUCACAGCUCACACCUUCCAGUUCACAACUCACACCUUCCAGUUCACAACUCACACCUUCCAGUGCACAACUCACACCUUCCAGUUCACAGCUCACACCUUCCAGUUCACAGCUCACACCUUCCAGUUCCCAACUCACACCUUCCAGUUCCCAACUCACACCUUACAGUUCCCAACUCACACCUUCCAGUUCACAACUCACACCUUCCAGUUCACAACUCACACCUUCCAGUUCACAACUCACACCUUCCAGCUCACAACUCACACCUUCCAGCUCACAACUCACACCUUCCAGUUCACAACUCACACCUUCUAGUUCACAACUCACACCUUCCAGUUCCCAACUCACACCUUCCAGUUCACAACUCACACCUUCCAGUUCACAACUCACACCUUCCAGUUCACAACUCACACCUUCCAGUUCACAACUCACACCUUCCAGUUCACAACUCACACCUUCCAGUUCCCAACUCACACCUUCCAGUUCACAACUCACACCUUCCAGUUCACAACUCACACCUUCCAGUUCACAACUCACACCUUUCCAGUUCACAGCUCACACCUUCCAGUUCACAGCUCACACCUUCCAGUUCACAACUCACACCUUCCAGUUCACAACUCACACUUUCCAGUUCACAACUCACACCUUCCAGUUCACAACUCACACUUUCCAGUUCACAACUCACACCUUCCAGUUCAUAACUCACAUUUUUCAAAUAUCAACUCGUAUUUCCUGA